AUGGCUCUCGAGGCAGAGGCAAAACGCAUGGUGGCGCAGUUUGAGUAUACCACGGAGGAUUUGAACAAGGGUGUCAAAGAGUUCAUCCGGGAGAUGGAUGAAGGCCUGGAGAAACAAGGGACGUCGUUGAGCCAGAUCCCCACAUAUGUCACCUCAGUUCCCAAUGGCACGGAAAAGGGUGUGUAUCUGGCCGUUGACCUGGGGGGGACCAACUUCCGCGUAUGCUCCAUUACCCUGCACGGAAAUCAGUCCUUCUCGUUACAGCAGUCCAAAGUCGCCGUGCCGCGAUCCCUGAUGGAAGCCAAAACGGCCCACGAGCUCUUUUCAUUCCUCGCCCAACAAAUAGAGGCUUUCCUCCAAGAGCAUCAUAACGACCACUUUGAAAAACACCGGACAAAUCCGGUGGAGCAAGAUUUCUUUGAUCUGGGCUUCACAUUUAGCUUCCCCGUCAAUCAAAUUGGCAUUAACAAGGGAAAGCUGAUGCGAUGGACCAAGGGCUAUGACAUAGACGAGGCUCUCGGAAAAGAUGUUUGCGAACUGCUACAAAAAGAAAUCGAUGCAUUGAAGCUCCCGGUCAAAGUGGCGGCCCUCGUCAAUGACACCGUCGGCACCUUGAUGGCGAGAUCAUACACGUCUCCCGGCAAAACGAAAACGUUGAUCGGCGCCAUCUUCGGUACCGGUACCAACGGAGCGUAUGUCGAGAAACUGGACAAGGUGAAGAAGAUGGAGGCCAUCGACGAGGCGGAAGGCGGCGCCACCAAUUAUGACCGGUCCACGGGGCUGAUGAUCAUCAAUACCGAAUGGGGCAGUUUCGAUAAUGCCUUAAAAGUGCUCCCCAACACGCCAUAUGACAUCGAUCUGGAUCGAGAGUCCGUGAACCCCGGCAUCCAAAUGUUUGAGAAGCGGGUGUCUGGAAUGUUUCUCGGAGAGAUUCUCCGACGGGCCAUGCUGAGUCUACACCGGCAUCCUGAUGCGGGAGUGGCGCUUUUCAAAGACACCACGUCACACGACAAUGACAUUCGGAGCACCACCACGGUGGCGGACAGUAGCCCCAUUUACAAGCAAUGGGGCAUCGAUACCUCGUUCCUCUCCAUCGUUGAAGAAGAUCAAUCUGACCAUUUACGAAUCACCAAACAGACGCUGGAGAAAGAGCUCGGAGUAGAGGCCGCGUCCACCGAGGACUGCGUGGCCGUCAAGAUGCUCGUACAUGCUAUUGGAAAACGAGCAGCACGGCUCAGUGCCGUUGCACUUGCGGGAGUGAUCAUUUCCACCAACACUCUACAAGAAGAAGAAAUUGUUGACGUAGGCGUUGAUGGCAGUCUGGUGGAGUAUUAUCCUGGCUUUGAAGAGUACAUCCGCGAAGCCUUCCGAGAGAUCGAGGGGAUUGGCGAAGAUGAAAAACGGAUAAGAAUUGGCCUGGCAAAGGAUGGCAGCGGUCUUGGAGCUGCUCUUAUUGCCUUGGUCGCCCACAACUCUGCAUAG